CAUAAAUGCAAAUUAGAUGACCAUAUGAGCCAUAUAUGUCCACUUGCAGAAGUUCCUUGCAUUUGUGCUUCCUUCGGAUGCCCCAGGAGAAUGAAAAGAUGUCUUCUGGGUAAACAUCUUCUUAAAUGCCCUGCUAGUAUCGUACAUUGUACAGUUGAAUGGAAUCGAAUGCCGAGGUAUUUUGCGCUCAUUUUGUUAUUUUAUUUAUUAUUUAGACUUCUUGGCGAAAAGCGCCCUUUUAUUUUACCCCCAACAUGCAGUUGUUGCAUUACUAAUCCAAUGUACAGGAAUCGCUCAUCUGAUGUGCACUCUUCAUCGAAUCAUUCUUGUUUACUUAGUUUUCACACGGACAAGUUUGAUCUUGCUCUAACAGCUAGGGACCAAGCUGUGCUGGAAUCAGGUUCAAAGGUUUCUGAUAGAACCAAAGGCGCCCUCCGUUGUGAAUUAACUAGACUCUACCCCGCUUUGCCCAUGACAUCACCUCUCUAUAAUGGGUUUUUUUCUUCAUUAAUUUGUUCUUUAAAACCAAAAUAA